AUGGCGAGAAAUGCUGAAGCCGAAGUGGCAAAAAUGAAAAUGCUAGAGGAACGUAUAAAGGCGCCAUCUAUCUGGGGUCGUGUGCCCUGCGGCAUCAGGUUUGAAGAUCUUCAAGACAGGAGCUACGAGGAUGCUGUCAGAUUAUUAAAAAACCAUUUCUUGUCAGAAGAGAUAACCUACAGAUCCGUGAAGAUAUCCAAUGAGAAAGAGGCUACUGAUGAAUUUGUCCACAAUGUAAGGAUUUGGAUGAAAGACAAAAUGUCUAUAGCAGCUGUCAAAGAGGGCACAAAUAAACUGGUUGGAGUUCUGAUUAUGAGGAUACAGGAGAAAAGCGCAUUCUCCCGUACAUUCAGUCACGUAAAAAUAACACACAACCCUCUAUACACGCAAGUGGUAACGUUUUAUAGGGAAAUUGAGAAAGGUGCUAAUUUGUUUGAGAAGCUUGAUGUCAAACGCUACCUUAAGAUAUACGUGCUGGCUUUGAAGGCUAGGUAUCGGCAUCGAGGUAUAGCAAAGGAAAUGUUAAAGGCUGCGAUGGCGUUAAGUGAGAGUGCCAACGUGCCAGCUAUAUCUGGCAUCUUCACGACGGGUAGAGGCCAACAGAUAGCCGAGGAACUUGGCUUUGAGAAGUUCAACGAAUUAUAUUACAUAAGAUACAUUAUAAAUGAUGAGAUAGUUUUCUGGGACACCGGUCUGGGUAAUUAUGGUGCCGCUCUGAUGGCGUAUAGGAUACCUACAGUAAUUGAGCCCCAAGAACUUCAAGUUCAGGCGUCAUCACGGUUCAACAUACCACAGCCAGAUGAUGAUGAAGAAGAUUGA